CCGCAGUAUCAAACGAAUUCCGAGUCGCGGCGCACGUGUCUUCUCCUUUGGCGCGGAUUCGACUUCGAGUCCUUAUCGCAGAGUGUGAACUUCGCCUCGAAAGGAUAUCCCAAAGUUGCCGCUUUCGACUGCGGUGUUGCGGUUUCUCGCGGAAGGUGACAGUCACGAGGAACCACGUUUCGCAUGUUUUUUCGCUAAAACGGAUAAGGAUCGGUCGGGUUCGACUUCGCUCAGUGUAAUGUGCUUGAGGGAAAAGUGAAGUUUCCAAUUGGAGGCCGCUUUAUGCGGCCAGUGAAAGAUAUUGUCCCCAUAUCAGCUACCAAUCAUGCAAAUCCAAUGAAAUACUGACAGACUCAAUUGUGCUUCUCUAUGUUUUACAACUAAACUAAUGGAGCUGGGACCCAAAAAUGCACUUCAAAAACAAUUGAACCUGUCCUCUGUCAAACCACUCACAGAAAUGUGAACCGAAAUACCUAAAUUUAAGGUGCAAAUUACACUCAAACAACCGCCUUUGAGGUGAAUAAUUAUAAAUAAACAGAAUCGAGCAGAACCAGCUGGGCAAAAGGACCAUGGCCAUGGAAGGCAAAUGCUUCGGCCGCAUCGCUACGCCACUUCUUGUAAUAAUGAUAAGCGUUUCGAGAGCUUGUGCAAUGCAGCAGCAACACUUGAGUCCUGCCACACAACAGCAUCCUGGAGUUAAAUCAUUAUCAAACAUCGUGGACGGCAAUAGCAACCUGUUGCCCAUAAUUUCUGCGCCAUCGACCAUUGAUAAUGAUUACGUCUACAUUGCUUCUGUCAAUAGCAAAUUCCCCCAGUUCGGAAAUGCCCUGGACGAGGAGCAGGAGGCCGAGGAGCAGCAGCCAGAUGAGACCACCUAUCCACCGCCCGUUUUCGACUUUGGGAUGCCCAGGAACAUUACGACCAGGACGGGACACACGGCGGCCAUCAACUGCCGCGUGGACAAUCUGGGAGAUAAAUCGGUAUCCUGGAUAAGGAAACGCGAUUUGCACAUUCUGACUGCAGGCAUUUUGACCUACACAUCUGAUGAGCGUUUCAAGGUGGUGCGGACCGCCGACUCCAAGGAUUGGACAUUGCAUGUGAAAUAUGCCCAGCCACGUGACAGCGGCAUCUACGAAUGCCAAGUGAAUACGGAGCCAAAGAUUUCGAUGGCAUUCCGCCUGAAUGUCAUAGUAACGCCGCCAGAUGCCAAGGCGAUUAUUGCCGGACCGACGGACCUGUACGUCAAGGUGGGCAGCAGCGUAACACUCACAUGCCUCGUGAAGCAGCCGGCGACCACAGCGCAGGAUAUUGGGCCAAUCUACUGGUACCGCGGCCCCUACAUCCUCACCCCCUUCGUGGCCCAUCCGAAUGACGCGGCCAUCGACUUGCAGCGCAUCUCCAUGGAGUCCACGCUGGCAGAGAAGCUGCAGAGCAGAUUACGCAUUGCCAAUGCUCAACUGCUGGACACGGGCAACUAUACGUGCAUGCCGACCACAGCGGAAGCGGCCAGCGUGGUGGUCAAUGUCAUCAAUGAUGAGAGCCCCGCAGCGAUGCAGAAGAGCAGAGCGGUCCGGACAACAAGUGCAACUAGUCGCGGAUGUCGAAUGGUGCUCCUGCUGGCCAUGGUGGCAAGUUCCGUGGUGCGAUGGCUCAUCGGUGGCUGCCACAUGGACGUCAGCAGCGGCCGCGAGUCCUGCUCGAAUUUAUCCACUCUGCAUAUCAAUUAUAGCCGCCUGCAUGCAAAAUCAGCCAGACACUUGGAGCAGCAUCGAUGUCAGGCGUUGUCGCUGGCGGAAUCAUGAUAAUUAAGUAGCUGCCGCUCUGAAACAUCUUGUAUAUACAACUGAAUUCGUAGUUAAGCAUAAUUAUUUGUGUAAAUCCGAGACAUGAGAGAUGGGAAAACUGUACAAUUAUGAAAUAACUAGUUUAUAUUACUGCUUCACCCUCCUCCUAGACUUUAUUGUUUGGUUAUCAAACUUUGGAAUGUUUCUGAAACAUUUCCACUUUCCGCAUUUAUUCAGAAUUGAAGUGGUUUCCCAUCUGGCAUACAGUAAACUAAACUAUAACUACAUUUAAUGCUAAUUUUUAUGCCUAGCGUAAAUAUUCAUAAAACAAUGGAAAUAAAAAAAAGGUGCCCAAGUAAUUAUCAAAUGUUAUCGAAAUUACGCCCGAUAAUAACAUACAUUAGCGAUAACAGACACAAAAUGCAUUGUAUUGUUAAUUUCGGAAUGCAAAUAUUAUUAUUCGGGUGUUUUCUGUUAUUGCAAUUAUCUAAUUAUAUUUGUCACUGUGAAAACACUUGAAAACUAAUUCAACUCAACUCUCAUUAAAGCGACAGGCGUUGAAAAAACAAAUUUAAAUUGCGCUAUCAGCAUUAACACGAAAUGGCCACAAUUAAUUUCGAUUC